AUAUAUCAUAUAUUAGGUAUACUGUUAAAAGAUUAGAGAUAUAGAAAUGGGCAGGAUGCCUGUGAGGUAUGCAGACAUGGGGAAGACAGAGGACACUGUGCAGUCUGUGGAGGAGGGCAGGGAAGUAGAAUGGACAGAGUGACAUUGGGUGCAUUUGUAACCUGGCACCUCACCUUCCCCUGUUCUCCCUACAGGUGGAGGCUCCAGCUCAACACUGGAAGAACUGCAGCUGGCAGCAGGAAGUGGGGGAAAGACGGGCAGAGACCAAUAAGUGUGGAGGGAGACAUUUUGAAGACACAAGAGGAGGGAAACAAGUCAUAAACCUCGUUUAAAAGGUGAAUUAGCCGGUUGUUACGCUGCAGGAUAUCGCAGCCAGAGGUUUUCACACUUAAAAGAGUGAAUGUCCCUUGUAACCUGCAGUGCCACGCAUCUGUUUCGAGGUUGUGUGAAACAUACAACUGAAUUUGAGCUUCUCCAGUACGAUUUUCUGUUACAGUCCUUGCUCACUGACUCUGCAGUGCUUUUAUUUUUUCUUGACUGUGAGGGAGCUCUGUGGUGACAGCAGGGGUUCGAUUAGAUCAGAUGAAACUUUAAUGAUUUCUCUGGUGAAUCAGGCCAUUGCAACAAGCCAACACAGACAGCAUACAUCAAAGUUAAAGAGGGUGCAAGCAGAGAGACAGCAAAUCAGGUGUAUAUACAUACAGAUGGAAGCAAUAUCACCAGCAAUUACAUGUUUAUAUAUAUGUAGCAAGACUUAAUAAAUACAUUAUCAAGAGUCCUUUUUUUUAUUUCUACAAAAUUAAUUCCUAAAACAUUUUUGGAAACUUUAUCUAGUUGCACAGAAUGAAUCUUACUUACACCAAAUACCAACAUUUAGGUUUAAAAUCCAAGCUGGUCUUACGGCAGUCCUCCUCUGCCUCAUUUAAAGCUGUCAGAAAGUCAGAAAUAAUUAAUGAUGAAACAUAUUUACAUCAGAGUUAUCCACUCACGAUGUAUCAUUAUUAAUAUUUCCGCUAAAGAGCUGAGAAAACCUGAGCUGAUUGGCUAGUUUAACUCAAAACCUUUGCUAAUCAGCUAAUAAUAGCUGCAGGGCUGUCCACAUUUAAAAUGAAUUACCUGUGACCCCGCCUCUUCUUCAGGUAGUUGCCUUAAUUAUUUGCUUCAAAGUUAAUGCUAGCUUAAUUUGGUUUAGUUUAACUGUUAUUUUAUCCGUCAUUGUUGUGAGUUUCAUUGACGCUGCAUAUUUUGUAGCCACCACAACGAUGCUAGCUUAGUCUAGAUAAAAGCAGCAUGUUUCAAAAUGUGCAACUUUUACGUCACUUUAAUUUUUAAGCAAAUCUUUGAAAGUUUGCAUUGCAAUUUCAAUUACGAUGCUGCACGCUAACAUGCUAGCAUACCAAAGUAGGCGCAAGGAGGUUUUUGGUACAGCUUUGUGACCAAUUUCACCAAGCUAGCAACUUCUUAUAACCACUUGCCAACCAGCUUUUCCCCUAACGACUGGUGGUUCCCAGCCUGUGUGACCAGGGCCUUGGUUAGCAAAUAGUACCCUAAAAAUUGCUAAUGUGCAUUUGUUAAGAGAGGGUCCAGCUGUUUGAAAGUGUUUCCAAAAUGUUUUUAAAGUGGCACAGCGGGCAUAGCGGGUACAAUGAAGUUCAAGAUGUGAUGCCAAAGUAGUGGUAAAAUAUGGCCCAUAAUCAAAUUUCAGAUUGGGCCAGUGCCUCCCAGCUCCCCCCUUUAGCCCUGCCCCUGUUACCAAAACACUACAUUAUUGAUUUGGUUGAUUGUACUAGAUCACCAAAUUAAUCAAGGUUUAUCUUCAGGAGAACACAUUAAAUUUGAAGUUUAAUUUCAUGGUAAAUGUGGAACUCAUUAUGGACCUAGAGAAAAGCUGAGCUAAUAUAUUCCACUAAGGCUAACCAACCAUUAGACCGACACUGUCACCGCAAAUAUAACAUAAUCCAGCCUUAUCCUUUCAGAUUCACCAGAUGAACAGAUCCCACAAAAUACUUCUCACUCUUUUUGUCUCUCUUACUGCAACCCAGUGGAAGCAUCUACUUAGAACUGUUGAAUGUUCAUGUUCAUUGCACAUCUCAAAUCCAACAUAUCAGCCAUGCUUUCAUGUUAAAAUGAGAUAUUUGUCUUGUUUAACAGCGUCUGCAGGCCAUUUGCACACAAUUGACUGCAGAUGUGCAGACAAGUCAAUCCACCUCGGGGGGGGGGGACUCUGAGCCUUCACCCUGAGGUUGGGACGGCGUGGUAACCAAAGCUUGUGAUUUGUUACAGAGAUUUAUCGUAGCUGUUAUAUGUUCGAGAUAUAACAAUGAGGUGCUGCAUGGUUUUAAUCUCUGAACAUCACUGCUGAGGGAUGCCGCACACAGACUUGGAGAGAUGCCUUGUUACGCAACCCUCUUGUUCCACCAGACGAUUUACAGCGGCGAUAUGAGUGUGAGCAUAAGUUGCGUGUCUGUGAUAUAGUGUCUUCGAUGCAGAACAGGAUCCAUCCUCGCUCGCCUGUCGCUGCAGCCGCAGACAUCGUUUUUCAUAUCAGACCUGCAUGGCUGGCAGCGUGCCUGACACCCUCUCUCAUGCCCUCCUUUCUCUCUCUCUCUCUCUGUCUUUCCUCCCUCAUUUUCACCUCCUCUCACAUCCCUUUAUACUUCUCUCCUCCCUCACUUACUUUACACAAACACACUGCACCUCCUUCAUCCGAGUGUUGCAGAGAUCUCGCCUGUCUGCCACCAACCUCCCAAAAAAAAGGUGGGGGCUGGUGGGUGACUGAUGGCCCAUUUUUGUGACAUCAUUGCUGCCACUCGCCUUCAGUCAGCAUGCUCAAGACUGUGAUGAGAACCAACUGCUGUGACCGUGAGAGCGUGUGUAUUCAAAUUCUCUUCCCAUUAGUCAGUGUGAGAGUCCAGCUGCGAGCUGCUGCACAGGAAACGGUUCUUAGCAUGGUUUUUCAUUCAGACAAAGAGAAGAGGAACAUCCGCACAUUGACUCACUCCUGCUCUAAUACCACAUUUGAAAUGAUGACAAAUAGUCCCUGGGUCAUUUUUUUCUAGGAAGUUUUGUUUGGUCUUCAUAAGUACAGAAAUACACACACACACACACACACACACACACUCACUAAUCCAGGCAUGACGCAACCCUCUAAGCAACUCUACGUCAUCCUCAGUGACGUCCUCUGGGAGGGAGCAGGCCGGUCCAUCACACUGAAUACUAAAGGAUAAAGAGUUUGCUAAAAUAAUCUCCAUUACAAUACAAUGAUGGCACAGCUGACAUAUAUGACAUAUAUAUAUAUAUAUAUAUAUAUAUAUAUAUAUAUACUGUCCUGCUUAACUGCUUUGAACUACCACAGUGUUAUUACAGUGAUAGUUUAAGUUGAUUUAUGGGCCACCUCUGCCUAUCUGUUAUGCAACAGUCCUCUGCCAGGGCCGGUAAUUAUAGAGGACUGUUCUAGCACUAUGGAAAGUGUUACUCUGGUUUUUCUUGCUAACGUCUGUGUUGAGCCUUUUACUAAUUAUAGUGUUCUUUACUAUACUCGUGCUGCUUUGAAACAUUUAAGCCAUGCUACUUUGGAAAUAAAUACCUGCCGCUUCACUCGGUAGCUGUCGUGAUCGUCCUUUUGUCAAACUGAAGCCUUUGUUUGUUUGUUUGUUUGUUUGUUUGUUUUUUAGAUUUGCAGUAAUCCAUUUUUAUUUGGACACUUGGGGGCAGGAUAACAAGCUGUGUGCAUAAAGCUAAUACAUUACUAGCAGACAUUAAUCAGCUGCCUGCAUUGGAAAACCUGUCAGUCAAUAUGGUGAUGUCUCUAAUCUCAAGGAUGAUUUCUUACAAUAUAGAUAUAGAAGAAGGGAAAGUGUCUGCAGUGGACAAAAUGGGUUUUUUUCUUGUUUUUUUAAAACAACAAUAUAUCCUUUAUAUUGCUGUAACAUGGGCUGAUUUAACAUGGCAGUCUAUGGACUGUUUUCCUCUUGGAGCCAGCUACCUGUGGGACCUUGAGGAACUGCAGUUCCUAGAGGAACUCGUGUUGGCUUCAUUGUUAAGCUCCAAAGGUUGCCCCUGGGUUUCUACUGAUUAGCUAUUGACAAAUCGUGACAAACCUCUGCUCCAUAGUAAUGCAUUAGAGCGGAGACAGCGUGAGAGUUAAAAUGGAAAGAGAGUGCAAAGAGCAGGCCAUCCUGACUGAUAUCAGGCAAGCAAUGAACAUCUGCUGAAACAGAAAGUUCUAGUAGCAAAGAUGAGAAUCUGGAAAUUAGUUUGGCAUGAAAGUCACUCAUUUUUAGGUCUAUUUUUGGUCUCCAGUUUUGAGAAAAUUAUUCGCUUUUUAGCACCUAAAUGGUCCGCUGUGACCAAUAGCUAGCUGCUCAUGUUUAAGACCUGGCAGGAGAUGCUUUCAUCUCUAGAUAAUACCUGAAAGACCUACUUUGAAGCAUUUAGGGUCCAAUUAUUUAACAUUUGCGCUUUGACUGUAACACGACUGUCAAGUGACACACGAGGAGUUUUGGUUGUUGUAUAAUGAAGCUCAUUAACCAUCAAUGAGUCUGUGUAUCCUUCUCUGGGUGACUAAUACCCUGACAGGUGGUGCUCACACAUACUUUACUGUUACUUGAUCUGUGUGCAUCUCUUUCCCUUAACCACACACACACACACACACACACACACACACACACACACACACACACACACACAGAGGGUAAAAAGCCAAUUGAGAAGGUAGGUAAGUGCGUGUGUUUUUUAUAAAGUGGAUAAAAGGUAAGCCUGACCAAAUGACAGAAGAAAAAGGAAACACUGUGCAUAAAGGUCCUGUGAAAUGAAAGAGGAGGUGGAGGGAUGGAUAUAUAGAUGCUUGCAAGUGCCGAACCAGUGACGUCAAACUGUAAACUAAAGACUUAAUCCUCUGUGAGCCUGACCAGCUCCUUGUUCUAUCCUGACAUCUAGUGGUCAAAUCAUACAACAACACAGUCAGCCAUUCAGAGGAUGAGCACCAUCAUUUGGUAAGUAAUAUAAUCUAAUGUUGUGUGUUGCUGUUUAUUCAGGCAAAGCCUGGUGACCCAAAUAACUUCCCGAGUGUCAGCUAAGAAAAACAAGUUAAUGAUGACGCCUCAUCCCACCGCAAAGUGGGAAGUAAAAAUGAGAUCAUGGAGAAGGUUUAUGAGAAAACCCUUCAGGGCCAUUACCUUACUAGAGUGUUUACAUGGAGUGAUUCGGUGGGUGGAGUAUAGGUCAGCCAUCAUCCUCUCUGUUGUUGUUAUAAACUGGCUCCAGGCUUUACUGAUGCUACGGUUGCUCUCUACUGUACCGUCACAUGGGGCCAAGUACCACAUUACACAGUUCAAUGAGCGCUUAUUUUUAGAUCACUGUAUGUAAAAAUUGUGACGCUGAGCUUUGAACUUUCAUCACCUUGACACAUAAGAAUGACAGCUGGAAAAAAAAAUCUCUGUGCGCUACUACAAACAACACCUGUAAUCUUGAUGUUUAUGUCCACAUUGAGACCUGAGCUUCUUAACAAUGUCUCCCUCCUCUCAUCCGCAAACUAGUCACGACACAUGGCUGCCACUCCCCGAGCCUGGUUCUGCUGGAGGCUUCUUCCUGAUAAAAGGGAGUUUUUCGUUCCGACAGUUUUCUCUGUAUUAUUGUCGGGUCUUUACUUUACAAUAUAAAGCAUCUUGAGAUGACCGCUGCUGUGAUUGGUGCAAUAUAAAUAAUGUUGAAUUGUACUGGAAAUCAAAUUUUCAGGUCAUUUAAUAAAACAUGAUGAUUAUUGCCAUUAUGACCUAUUGCCUUAAAGCUGCCCUGAUUGAAUAUUUUUAUAAUAAAAAUGUGAUUCAUAUGACAUCGAAUGCUUCAAAUUUCAAAUUCAAAUGUUUUCUUCAGAUUUUGAUGAUGACCAAAUCUAAGCUAAAAGGAGAUUGAAUAAUGGACUUCCAUGGUAGGAAAUGGCAACUUCAAAUAAAUGCUUGUGUUUAUCUGUCCUGCGUCAAAGUCAAAGUCAGCUGGCAGAUGCUGUACAUGAGCUGAUGGCUCAGCUGCUACCCUUCUAUGCAUGAACAUGGCAAAUCUGCUUAAGUUCCACAAGCGUGCCAAUGUUUGCUGUGCAUCUGCAUGCUGCUUUGCAACCCACCUCCACCCCAGCUCCUCCUUUUUCAUGCUUUUCAUAAGACUCGUAUUGCGGGAGUUGUGUAAUUUCAUCACAAAGUUAAGUGGUGCAGAUUCAAAACACACACAAAAACGUUUGUUUAUGUAUAUUUGUUCUCUGAAUAGCAUCAAAAACGUUAGCAUAGGUUAGAUCACUAGAAAUUAUAGGUGUUCUGCUGCCGUAUUGCUAGCUGCCAGCCACGGAGCUGGUGUACUUCAUUACAUUCCUAUUCUGCUCAAACUGGGCUUCAUUAUUUGUUUACAGCACAAGAGGACUCCAGAGCUAGCCAGAAGGAUGUUAGCUAUCAAUGGCCAGUGGAAGUCUAUAUUCACUUAGAAUAGUAUCAUAAAGUGAUGUAGUUCAGCCUUUUAUUGGGCUGUAAAUUCUGUUUCACUGUCACAUUUACAUUUUGGUAACAGCACGAAGCCCGAGAGAGGAGGAUAGAGAGGGUGAGAAGGAGAGAGAGCAGGAUGAAGACAGCAAAAGUAAAAAAAAGCUCAAAAAGAAACAGAUAAGAGCAAACAUGCAGUCAAAGAUCUAAUAUUGUGAUAUCCUGUGCUGAUUCUACACACUAAGGGGGAGGUUGUAUGAAUUUCAAAAUUUAAUGUAAAAGCACCUCUGUUACCAGUUUGCUUUUUGUGCUCGUAUAUGGAGUGUGAGUGUUUUUUUGUUUGCUUGUUUAUUGUUUUUUAAGUCUGUACUGAAUUGUGCUAUUUUAGUGGCUUAAACAAAAAUGAAACUGAAAAAAUGUUGUGCACGUUCCUCUUCUGCUUUCCUACAACACAACUGAGCCUUUGCCACAAGCUUAACUGAAGUGUCCACCAGAUUACAGCUGAUCUGCUGCUAUGUUGAGAUGAUGUGCAGGUUCCUUCCUGUUAAAAGGGAGUUUUUCCUUCCCACUGUCGCCAAAUGCUUGCUCAUAGCAGAUCUUUUGAUUGUUGGGGUUUUCUCUGUAUUAUUGUAGGGCCUUUACCUCACAAUAUAUAAAGUCCCUUUAGUGUUUUAGCACUAUAAAAAAAAAACAACUGAAUUGAAAGAACUGUUAAAUUGCCACAUACAGGUCGGUAAUAAUGCGUUUUGUAUGUGAUAACAGAAGCAAAUCUUUGAAUGCGAUUAUUUUCAUAUUUACUUCAGUAAAAUUAUGAUAAAUAAACUUUAUUUACAUUUAUUCAAAGAAAGCCUAAUGUUUAAAAUAAACACAUAUUAAAGCACUCUGGGGAUGCAGUAAAAGGAACCCUGAUUUUGGGGGCAGUUAAAGAUACCUUCCACCUUCAGUGCAUUGCAUUUAAACUCUCAGUUCUCCAGUACUGUGGAGGAACCCUGCUUAGCUGGAAUAGUUACAGCAAGGCAUUGCUUUUAGCCUCUGUUUCCAUCUUCUAACAUCUCUUAUGAUCACACUUUUCCUUUAAGCAUUAUGACCUGCACAUGCUCCAAGCUAGCGGCAUUUGCAUGGAUCACGGACGUUUGGAUACUCAUUUGUUUGUGCACACUGUUUACUUCAUUUCAGCGGAACUAUCUGCUAUGAGUCCUGUGAGGUGAGAAUGGACAGAUGAUGAAAAUAUUUCCAUCUGAUGAGUCUGUUUUUGAAAAAUUCAGAAGGUGGACUAAUUCUUUUUACAGAAGAAAUGUUUGUCUUCAAGCAGGUCUCCCCAAUCUCUGAGAAAAAUGAGAAGGGGAAGUCUGGAACCUAACCUUGCCACAGACUGGCUUGAAUUUGGAUUAGGAUCGUGGGUUUGAGCUGCGUUCUCUGUGGAUUUUCUUUUGUUUUUACACUUCCAUCAGUUUGAGGACUAUAUAUUCAGGUCUCUGUCCCAGGAUGGAGAAUCUAAUCCUGGACAUGGUGUCUGAUCAGAAUUUAGAGGAGCUUCCAAAUGUGGAGCCAGAUGCAGGUGAGAUGCAACAGCCAGAGGAGGAGCAGCAGGACGAGGCUGACCCUGAUCCCCAACCUGAAUCUAGCCAGGAGACAUUGGAGACGAGAAGCGGCCCUCCACCGCUGGCUGUCAUUGAGUUCCGCAUCCAGCAGCUUCAGAACCGCCGUUUCCUCCUGCAGAAGAUGAGAGAAUUUACCAAAAAGUCACAGCAAAAGAUGAACAGCCCUCCAAAGCAAACAAACGUCGAGGAUGACGAUGACAGUGAAGACGAACUGGAGACCAUUCAGAAAGAGUUGAAUGUGCUGCUGCUGAAAAAGGAGGAGCUGUCGAAAGAGGAAGCGACUGCCACACCCACAGAAAACGGAGUUCAUCAAGCAGACCCCAGUUUUUAUAAAAAUGAAACACCCAGGGGAGGGAUCUACACGCUGCCGCCUGCAGAGGUGACCCAGGAGGAGAGCGUAGAACCCGAAGAACCUGAAGAACCCGAAGAACCCGAAGAAGCUGUAGAAACUGAACCUGAAGUAGAAAUACCAGUAGAAACACCAGAAGAUGACAUCGCUCCAGUUGAAACUCUGUGCAGAGACGCCAGGCUCACCCAGUGUCCGACCUGCAAAGAGCUCAUCAUCACAGAAACACAAAGGAAAGUGGGCGAGACAACUUGGUUAGCGUGCUGCUUGUGCUCCAUGAUAGGCUGUGUUGGCGGCUGCUGUAUAAUCCCUUUCUGCCUGAAGAACUUCAAGGACGUUCAUCACCAAUGUCCACACUGUCAGUGCACAAUACACACCUUCAAGCCAUUCUGACAACAAGAUUACUGGAGUAACAACAAUGCAAUCCUCACUUCCUGCACUCGAGAGACCUUUUCCUGCAUCUUGGAGCUGCUUGGGUCCAAACAGCGUUUGUCACCCUGCAGUAUUGCUCUCAAACUUUGACCUGUGAACUGGAAUAAUAUGGGACUGUGCACAACACCUGGAGAACUUUAGAACUUUUUUUUUGGCAUUGAUGCUACAUCUGUACUGUCCAAAGGCUCAGGAUAGCAGAGCUGCUGUAAAUAGUUCCUCUCCCUGGAAAAGUCUGCUCAUAAUUCAGUGAGAUAUAGCUAAAGGAAAUAUGUGUUUGCUGCACAGUUAUCUGGUUAUUCUAUCUUCCAGUAAGCAGAUGCAAAUUGUGGUAUUCAAAUAAUACUCGCUUCAACAGUUUGACAGCUUCAUGUUUGUUCAUCUUAGCCAGAAAUAACUUUGAGCGAACUCAAAUCUAGGAUCAAGAUCUUCAUGCUGCUAUUUUUAGAUCAAUUAUCUGACGGUUUCCAUGAUGAAGUGUAUUUGUUGUAAAUACAGUUCUGUACAGAUGCAAA